AUGACCUUCUCUAUCACCAUGCCUGGAGUAAUAGUUCUCCUUCUACUUCUCAUUUUGUCACCACCAUUAUUACUUAUUCACCAAUCCAAACAUUUUGUUGUAGCAGAUGAAAAACUGAUUCAAACUUUAUGCCACAACUCUGAGACACCUAAAACCUGUAUGAGGUGUGUGCAAUCUUCUAAAGGUUCUGAGAAAGCUGAUGGUGUUGGAAUAGCCACAAUAGUUGUUGAUUGCAUCAAGGACAAGGCAAAUACCUUGGCACUCAACAUCACAAACUUGGCUUCCACAUCACAUGGAGAACUCAAGUCAAUUUAUCAAACAUGUGCAAACGACUAUGGCUACCACAUUGCAAAGAAGGAGUUAAUUUCAUCCAUCCAUGCCUUGCAGAAUCAUGAAUAUGACAAUGCUGAAUCUCAUGUGGUUACAGCUUUACGUUUGGAUCUUUCUUGUCGGACGAAUUUGGAACAUUACCAUAGCAAAGUGCCAAAUGGGGUUUUGUAUGAUAUGAAGAUAUAUGAGGAGCUCUCUGAGGCUGCUUCUAGAAUAAUUGAAAAGCUUUAUGUGUAA